AACUGAGUUCAAGGCAAUUAAAGUCAAGAGCUAAGGAGGGAGGGAGAGAGUUUAGAAAUACCAGCAUAAUAAGUAGUAUGACUGGGUGCUCUGUAAAUUAACUCAAUUAGACAAAGCCUGAUUUAACGGGGGAAGAUGGUGAGAAGCGCUACCCUCAUUAAAUUUGGUUGUUAGAGGCGCUUCUAAGGAAAUUAAAUCUGUUAGUUGUUUGAAUCACAUAAAAUUGUGUGUGCAUUUUCAUGUACAUGUGCACACAUGUAACCUCUGUGAUUCUCGGUAUUUUUUUAAGAAGAGAGGAAUAGAAAGCAAAGAAAAAUAAAACAUACUGAAAAGAAAAAAGAUGAAAGAGUAGGAGAUAAGGAGAAAAGUAGGAUAGAGACAAGGAAAGUACGAGAGAGAAAGAGAGAGAGCGAGAGAGAGAGAGCUCUCCCAAUUAUAAAGCCAUGAGCCCCCUUUGGUGGGGGUUUCUGCUCAGUUGCUUGGGCUGCAAAAUCCUGCCAGGAGCCCAGGCUCAGUUCCCCCGAGUCUGCAUGACGGUGGACAGCCUAGUGAACAAAGAGUGCUGCCCACGCCUGGGUGCAGAGUCGGCCAAUGUCUGUGGCUCUCAGCAAGGCCGGGGGCAGUGCACAGAGGUGCGAGCCGACACAAGGCCCUGGAGUGGUCCCUACAUCCUACGAAACCAGGAUGACCGUGAGUGGUGGCCAAGAAAAUUCUUCCACUGGACCUGCAAGUGCACAGGAAACUUUGCCGGCUAUAAUUGUGGAGACUGCAAGUUUGGCUGGACCGGUCCCAACUGCGAUCGGAAGAAACCACCAGUGAUUCGGCAGAACAUCCAUUCCUUGAGUCCUCAGGAGAGAGAGCAGUUCUUGGGCGCCUUAGAUCUCGCGAAGAAGAGCGUACACCCCGACUACGUGAUCACCACACAACACUGGCUGGGCCUGCUUGGGCCCAGUGGAACCCAGCCGCAGUUUGCCAACUGCAGUGUUUAUGAUUUUUUUGUGUGGCUCCAUUAUUAUUCUGUUAGAGAUACAUUAUUAGGACCAGGACGCCCUUACAAGGCCAUAGAUUUCUCACAUCAAGGACCUGCGUUUGUUACCUGGCACCGGUACCAUUUGUUGUGUCUGGAAAGAGAUCUUCAGCGACUCAUUGGCAAUGAGUCUUUUGCUUUGCCCUACUGGAACUUUGCCACUGGGAGGAACGAGUGCGAUGUGUGUACAGACCAGCUGUUUGGGGCAGCGAGACCAGACGAUCCGACUCUGAUUAGUCAGAACUCAAGAUUCUCCAGCUGGGAAACUGUCUGUGAUAGCUUGGAUGACUACAACCACCGGGUCACCUUGUGCAAUGGAACCUAUGAAGGUUUGCUGAGAAGAAAUCAAAUGGGAAGAAACAGCACGAAAUUGCCAACCUUAAAAGACAUACGAGACUGCCUGUCUCUCCAGAAGUUUGACAAUCCUCCCUUCUUCCAGAACUCUACCUUCAGUUUCAGGAAUGCCUUGGAAGGGUUUGAUAAAGCAGAUGGGACUCUGGAUUCUCAAGUGAUGAGUCUUCAUAAUUUGGUUCAUUCCUUCCUGAAUGGGACAAACGCUUUGCCACAUUCAGCCGCCAAUGAUCCCAUUUUUGUGGUGGUUUCUAAUCUUUUGCUUUACAAUGCUACAACAAACGUCCUUGAACAUGUAAGAAAAGAGAAGGGGACCAAGGAACUCCCUUCCCUGCACGUGCUGGUUCUUCAUUCCUUUACUGAUGCCAUCUUUGAUGAGUGGAUGAAAAGAUUUAAUCCUCCUGCAGAUGCUUGGCCUCAGGAGCUGGCCCCUAUUGGUCACAAUCGGAUGUACAACAUGGUUCCUUUCUUCCCUCCAGUGACUAAUGAAGAACUCUUUUUAACCGCAGACCAACUUGGCUACAGCUAUGCCAUUGAUCUGCCAGUUUCAGUUGAAGAAACUCCAGGUUGGCCCACAACCCUCUCGGUAGUCAUGGGAACACUGGUGGCUUUAGUUGGUCUUUUUGUGCUGCUGGCUUUUCUUCAAUAUAGAAGACUUCGAAAAGGAUAUACACCCCUAAUGGAGACACAUUUAAGCAGCAAGAGAUACACGGAAGAAGCCUAGGGUGCUCAUGCCUUAUCUAAGAGAAGAGGCUGGCCAAGCCACAGUUCUGACCCUGACAAUAAAGGAACUAAUCCUCACUGUUCCUUCUUGAGUUGAAGAUCUUUGACAUAGGUUCUUCUCUAGUGAUGAUGAUCUCAUUCAGAAGAUGCUUAGCUGUAGUUUCCUCUUUGCUUGCUGGUUUAACAAACCCAAGCUAAAGUGCUUGAGGCUACCUCUAUCUUCAAAUAAAGGUAGACCUGACAAUUUGUGAUAUCUAAUUAUAACCCCCCAUAUUGAUUAAGCCUCCUCCUUUUCUGAAAGCAUUUAAAAAAACAGAAAAAUCCCAAAACAUUGAUCUAGGGGAGUCAUUUAAAUUUGCAGGUCAGUGCAAUGUGAGACCUGGCCAAGACCAUGCAUCAAUCUUUCCUAGCCUCAGUGUCUUUAUUGGUAAUGGCAUGGAGGUGGGAGGUUGUAAGUGCUAGAUGAAUCUCCAAGAUCCCUUUUAGCUAUAAACAUCUCUGCUUCUAGGCACCCUCCUGAUUGUCUUCCUUGGGCUUCUUUUUCUUCUUUUCUCUAUCUUUUUCCUCUCCAGCUUAGAAGAUGAGAAUAAGCCUUGUUUUCUUUACAGGAUGGAAAAUGACUAAAUGAAGGAUCAAUUCCGCUCUAUUGUGUAAAUUAGAUUUUACGGAUUUUACUUAAAAUCUGCGGUUUUAAACAGUAAACCUAUAUUACAGGAUUCAAUAGCUGAAUACACAUUGAUUCUAUAGUAAUAAAUAGAGAAGAUAAUAAAAUUAUAGAGUUUCCUGGUUAGUUGAUAUACUACUGUAAAUCUAUUAACAAAUACAGAAUUACUCUUUCCAAGGAAGGCUGACUGAAGGCCGGUGAGGCUGUAAACCUGAACAUGAGACUAUUUGACUUGAGUCCCAUUACUCUGAGGUCUCUUUGACUGAUCCUGAACCAAUUUUUUUACUAGGUAGCCUCAGAUGAAAAAUUUUUCCCACAUAAUGCACUUGGCUUAUUUUUAAGCAUUGAUGUUAGAUUCAUUAAUGUUGCCGUAUACUCACAGUUACUUAUGAAUGCUGAUCAACUAAGUCUUAUCAUUUGAAAGCAAACCAUCUGUACAAAACAUGACAAUUCAGAAUUAAGUGGUUAUAUUCUGCUAUGCAAUCAUCAGAUAAUGAGAAAUAAAAAUGAGGCAAUCUUUACUACGAUGUUCAGACUUAUCAUGAUGGACCCCACUUCAGAGAAGUUAAUGGCUCUUGAGAUUUCCAGGCAAAUUUCAUCUGCUCAUAUCUGGUUUCUGUGCAUCAGGAGUGAGACUGACGUUCUAGGGCGUGGCUUGUCUGUCGAGGCCCCUCUCUGCUGGAAUGAAUGUCUGUAAAGAAUGGGUGUUAAGAGGUCCCUGGAGCUGCCUUCUACAUAAGGGGUCCUAGAGGGUGCAAGACUCACCCUAGAGGGUGCAAGUUUACCCCAUGCAAUAGGACUGCUAAAGCCAGAGAAAUGGACAAAGCCCAGUUGAAACUGAAUUUGAGUUUGAAUCUCAUAAAAUUACAGGUGCAUCUGAGAGCAGGCUCAGUGGUGAAGAUCAAGAUAGCCCGGAGUCCUUCAUGGGGAUAAAGCACUGCUUGGGCUUUUUAGCUUCAGCCACAUGCAUACCUCUCAAUUCCUGCCACUAACAAUAUUGAUGGAAAAUACAGCACUGUAUCUUUCACAUGCUCCACUCUGGAAGGUUUAUGCUCUGAGCUCAGGAUAGUUGGGGAACACAUUUUUAAAUCUUGGUUUUAAACAAAAAGAGAAAUUUAUGAAAAUGAAGAUAUAAUUGUGCAUGGUACAUAUAUUUCUGAAAAGUUAUGUAUAAAUCAAUUAUGUUAAAAGCACCAGGAGAAGUUACUUUUUAUAGGUGAACUAUUGUGAAUAAUUUCGUAAGGCAAAUAACCACCUCUAGCUUAUCUGUCAGGUAUAUCAGAAUUCUCAUAUAUCAUAUUCUCACAAGAUUUGGUUAAAGCAAGAUCUAUCUUAGGUAGAAAAAAAUAGUAAUCGAUUAUACUUAGCUACUUUUAUCUAUAGUGUGGGCAACUUUUUACAACUAUUAUGUUUUAUAAUGUCUUCCUGAGAGAAUUUCCUAAUUUUGUAGUUCAUAUAAGAGAAAUACAAUUUUCUAGCAUUUUCUGACCUUACAAUAAAUCAAUUAUGAAUGCAUUUUAACAAAUAUUAAGGUAGGAUAAACCAACAGAAUAAAAAGUUGGUAUUUACUUACGUUGAAUAUCAUGCAAAUAAACUCAGAAAAUGUCACCAAAUACUGUGGGCUAUAUUUCUCAAUGAUAGGGGGAAGAAUUCAACCUUGAAGAAAUGACCAGAUCACUUUACUGCUUAUAUCUUUAAUAUUAGAAAACCUGCAUGUAUGAUUUUAAUAGAAAUGCUUUUUAUAAAGCUAAUAUUCAGAAAUGGGAUAAAAUGCAAUAACAUCUUUCCUUUGCGCAUUAAAUUCUCUUCUAAUUCUAAAAUUGAGAUUUGUAUCUUGCUUAGGAUUUAACAUUGUUAAUUAUAAUACUUUUAAUGAGUAGUUUUAAUCUCACAUUAUUAAGAAGUAGAAAACUUACUAAAAAGGAAACUAAAAAUAAAUGUUGUUUUGCAGAUUA